GCCGGGCGCAGCAGAGCCGGAGGGGAGGAGUAACCCGGGGACCCCCGCGCUGGUCUGCGCGCCCCAUAAGAGUUCACAAUGACAACAGUGACGGUGACUACAGAGCUUCCCCAGCGUGGUAGGACAGAAGACAGUUCUUCCUUAUAUGAGUCCACAUCAGCUCACAUUAUUGAAGAAACAGAAUAUGUAAAAAAGAUUCGAACUACUCUGGAAAAGAUUCGAAAUCAAAUGUUUAAAGAUGAAGUUGGACCUAAUAGAACAAAUCACAAACUAGAUGGAAAGCAACAUCAAAGCCUGGAGAAUGGCUCUGACCCGGAAGUGGAUCCCGCUUGUUACAGUUUGGAUGUACUCAUGGAGAAGAUGAAAGGAAAAGACCUACAGCUAUUAGAAAUGAACAAAGAGAAUGAAGUACUGAAAAUCAAGCUGGAAGCCUCCAGAGAAGCAGGUGCAGCAGCUCUGAGAAAUGUGGCCCAGAGAUUAUUUGAAAACUAUCAAACUCAAUCCGAAGAAGUUCGGAAGAAGCAUGAAGACAGUCAGCGGGAGCUCCAGAUUAUCAAACUUGAAAAAGAACAGAAAUUGGAACAACAUGUUGAAAAUCUGAAUCAAGUUGCUCAAAAGCUUGAAGAAAAACAUAAUCAAAUCACAGAAUUGGAGAACCUGGUACAGAGAAUGGAAAAGGAAAAAAGAUCACUGCUCGAAAAAAAACUGUCUUUGGAGAAGCAGUUAUUGCAACUCAAACCCAACAUCACAUAUGCUAAAAGUUGCCGAAAUCUUCAAGCGGAGAUUUCCCUUCUCCAGGAGCAGAUCUCGCACCUACAGUUCGUGAUUCACUCCCAGCACCAGAACCUGCGCGGCAUCAUCCAGGAGAUGGAAGGAUUAAAAAGUAAUUUAAAAGAACAAGAUAAAAAAAUCGAGAAUCUGAAAGAAAAAGUUAACAUACUUGAAGCUCAGAAUAAAGAACUGAAAUCCAAGGUGGCACUUUGGUGUGAAACUCCUAAAACAAAAGUGUCGAAGGCUGUCUCUACUAGUGAAUUGAAGACUGAAGGUACUUCUCCCUAUUCGAUGAUGAUUAGGCUACGGAAAUGAACUGACUGGCUGAAGAUAUGAAUGAGAAAGAUUCUGUGCAUCUUAUUUAUUCCUCGAAACAGGCUAAACUUGUAUGUCAAAAUGGGUCAAUGCCAGUAUUUAAUCAGAAUUAUUAUAUAUAAAUAGUUUUUCAGGGAGAUAUCAUUCAAAAUAACAAGAUGAGAGGAUAGAGUGAUAAGACCGUUGGAUAGGUCAUUUGCAUUGCACACAACCAACCCAGAUUCCAUCUCCAGCAUCUCAUAUGGUCCCCUGAGCACUGCCAGGAAUGAUUCCUGAGCACAGAGUCAGGAGUGGCCCUGAGCACUGUUGAAUGUGGCUCCAAACCCCAAUACCAAACAUCAGAUGAAUACAUAUUCAA